AUGUCCCUGAUGUCUGCUCUGAUGUCCUCUCUCAAAGCUUGGGACCUGCUCCUGCUCCUGCUGUGCCUGCAGCAUAGCCUACCUGCACAAAGCACUUCCAGGAGGCAGUUCCUGGAACACCAUCACCUGAAUCCAUACAAAGCAUUCAGUGUCUACAACUGUGAUGUCCUCAUGACAGAUAAAGCUCUGAAACCGAAGCUCUCACACCCGUUUGUUUAUAUGACAUGGUACAAAGUUGAGCAUAUAUGCAUUGGUAGCAACUGGAAAGAUCGCUACAAAAAUUUAUAUGUUUGGGCUCAGACUCCCAUUAAGGUCCUCAGGUGCCAGUGGGAGAGUUUAAAAAGUAGAUACACAGAGAGAAGGAGCUACAGCUAUGUUCAGUUCCAUUGUAAUGCUGAUGGGUAUGUCGACAGCAUAGAGGACAUGAAGGUUCUAGAGCCCAUCUUGUAGAAAGUCUUACCAGCUCUGAAUGGCUCUGAAAGAGCAGUGAGUAGUUCUGAAAUGUCAACCCCCCUCACUCAUCCCUCACUCCCCCACCCCACCUCCUUGCCCACCUCAACCCUCCACCACCCACCCU